GCCCCGGGGGCGGGAGAGGGAGCGCGCGGGCGCGCGCUCCGGACUGGGCGCCUGCGCACUGCGGCCCCAGGGGCUGCCGGGCUGAGGGAGAGGAGGAGGGAAGAUGGCGGCCGUGGUGGAGAAUGUAGUGAAGCUCCUAGGAGAGCAGUACUACCGAGAUGCCAUGGAGCAGUGCCACAAUUACAACGCUCGCCUGUGUGCCGAACGAAGUGUGCGCCUGCCCUUCCUGGACUCCCAGACUGGAGUGGCCCAGAGCAACUGUUACAUCUGGAUGGAAAAGCGGCACCGGGGGCCAGGGUUGGCCUCAGGGCAGUUGUACUCUUAUCCUGCCCGGCGUUGGCGGAAAAAGCGCCGAGCCCACCCUCCUGAAGACCCCCGACUCACCUUCCCAGCCAUCAAGCCAGACACAGACCAGACCCUGAAGAAGGAAGGACUGAUCUCCCAGGAUGGAAGCAGCUUGGAGGCCCUACUGCGCACCGACCCCCUUGAGAAGCGGGGUGCCCCCAAUCCCCAGGCAGAUGACGACAGCCUGGGAGAGUUCCCAGUUACCAACAGCCGGGCAAGGAAGCGAAUCCUGGAGCCUGAGGACUUUCUGGAUGAUCUGGACGAUGAGGACUAUGAGGAAGACACACCCAAGCGCAGGGGCAAGGGCAAAGCCAAGGGCAAAGGGGUGAGCAAUGCCCGUAAGAAGCUGGAUGCUUCUAUCCUGGAGGAUCGGGACAAGCCCUAUGCGUGUGACAAUAGUUUCAAACAAAAGCAUACCUCGAAAGCACCCCAGAGAGUCUGUGGGAAGCGUUACAAGAACCGUCCGGGCCUCAGUUACCACUACGCCCACUCCCACCUGGCAGAGGAGGAGGGUGAAGACAAGGAGGACUCUCAGCCUCCCACCCCUGUGUCCCAGAGGUCUGAAGAGCAGAAAUCCAAGAAGGGCCCCGAUGGGCUGGCCCUGCCUAACAACUACUGUGACUUCUGUCUGGGAGACUCGAAGAUCAACAAGAAGACAGGGCAGCCCGAGGAGCUGGUGUCCUGCUCCGACUGUGGCCGUUCAGGGCACCCAUCCUGCCUCCAGUUCACCCCUGUCAUGAUGGCCGCCGUGAAGACCUACCGCUGGCAGUGCAUCGAGUGUAAAUGCUGUAAUAUCUGUGGUACCUCAGAGAAUGACGACCAGCUGCUCUUCUGUGAUGAUUGUGAUCGCGGCUACCAUAUGUACUGUCUCACCCCCUCAAUGUCGGAGCCACCCGAAGGGAGCUGGAGUUGCCAUUUAUGUCUGGACCUGCUGAAGGAGAAGGCUUCCAUCUACCAGAACCAGCACUCUUCUUGAUGUGGCCGGGAGCCCGGGCACCCUCAGGCCCCUCCUCCAUCUGAACCUUUCUCUUUUUUUCCAGUUUCUCCUCUCCCGUUCGCCCCUUUGGCAGGCCCAGGGAGGGUAGUGCCAGGUUGUCUGGGGCAGCAGGCAGGCUGAACUGGCAGUCGACACUGUGUAUCCCUCUGUCUGGCCUCAGCCCCUCCUGAAGAUGGGGGAGACAGGCUGCCCCUGGGAAGAAACAGGCCCUGGCUUCUCCUUGUUCCUUUGCUGUCCAUAAAGUGCAUUCACUCUGCCUGCCUUGGGCCCAGGCCCUGGUUCUCACAGGGUUCAGCUCUGCCCUCCACGCUGGAGCAGGAGGGCAGCUCACUUCUUUCCCAGCUCUGCCCACUCUGCCCCUAUUGUUUGCCCUCUUUCCUUUCUGAGGGUGUCCACAAGGGGCUGCGUGAGCUGGGCAAGCCUGGGGGGCUCUGUAGCUCCCCGCUGCCUCUCCACUUUGCCACCUUCUUCCCCUUCUGCCCCUGCAGGGAGGCUCUCCGUGGCACUGCCAAAGGGCACCUGGGGCAUGGCAUGACGCACUCGGGCACCCCAGCCCCUUGGUGCUGCCACAGCUGCAGCCUGACCCCUCCCUCCCGGCUCAUCUUCCAUAGCCCUCUUUUGUGGCAAAAGUGAUUCUCUACCUUGUGCGUCCACUCUCUUUCCUCAGUUCCCCUUCUCCUUGUUCUUCUUUUGUUCUGUGGGGAGAAGGGAAGCAUCAGGGGGCCGUCCAAGCAGUGUGGGGGCCAGAGGGAGAUGUUGGAUAAUGUGCCUGUUUUUUAACUCUACUUCAAGCCUACCUCCAAAAUCCCCUUUCCGUUCUUCCUCUUCCCUACCUGGGCCUUCAGCCUUCUGCCCUCAAUUAAAUUGGGAGCCCUCAGGCCCCCACCCCAUGCACCCAAGCUCCUAAGUCACAGGGGAGCCCCUCAGACAUCCCCUUCUUCCCUCGCACGCUUGCUAGCAGCUGGUAAGGCCUUGAUGCCCCUGGUUCCUCAGGCUUCUGCCAGGCGAGGCUGGUAAUGGUGUGGAAGGGGCACAGUACGUGGCAGUGUCCCUGGGGAGCCCGUUCUUCUUGGCCCUGAGCUUGGGCCUCUCACUGUCACUUUGGAGUGGAGGUGUCAUUUUUUUAAGUUCCUGUAUUCCAGACAUUAGUACAAUAAACAUUUUUACACGGAGCCUCUGCCGCUUUGGUGGCCUUGUUGAAGGGGAGAUCGCACUCGGUGGCUGCUUUGGUUUUGUCAGGACGUCCUCGUCAAGACCUCCCUCCCCUUUCACAUCCAGUGCCUCCAGACUCUUCAGAAAGAAAGCUUCAGGGACACUUUGUAUUCUGAAGGUUGGGGGAGGGGGUUCGCACUGGGUGGUACAACCGUUUUGUUGGACACUAAAUUUUCUUUGUUUCAA